ACUCACCUGAGAGACAAACACAGGGCAGGUCAGUGGAAGAAUGCAGGGAUAGGUGUGGGGAGUAGGGGUUAAAGGUGUAGUUGGAGGAAUUUAGUAGAGGUUAGGGGGAGGAGGGAGGAGAAGGGGGGUAGCUGUAAAAACAGGGCCUGAUUGAUUUAGCAAAUGGAGCAUCACACAAUCUCUCUUUUAGACACCACCCCUGUCCAGACACACACACACACACACAGAGACACACAGACACACACACACAGACACCCAGACACACACAGACACACAGACACACACACACACACACACACACACACAUACACACACACACACACACACACACACACACACACACUACUCAGCAUGACAGGUUCUGUGCUUCUCAUCCCUCUUGGAAUAGGGGUUGGAAGGGGGUCGAGUGGAGGUGGGGGGGGGGGGGGGGGGCACACCUGUCAAGGCCAACCCCUGUAGCUCCCCUCUCCUAUUUAAACUUCCCACAGAAAGCCACAAGCACACACACACUGCCUGCACGGGGAAUAGAUCAGACAUGAAAAAAUCAUGCAUUCUCAGUCACCCACGUUAAAGGUGUAUGCUCAGCAUCUAAAGUGAAUCACUAUUGUGUUUAUAUCAGUAGAUGCCUUAACUGUGGCCUUAACUAAGCUGUGUUCAUCUACAUUGAAGUGUAUUCAACAGAAUCUGGUUGUCUAGUCGGUUCACUGUGUAUGAGUGGCUUUGUUACUUCUGUUUUGCCAAAGAGUUGAGCGGUCCAAGAAUAACAACCAGCCGUGCACCUCUGAAAAUAAUGGAGCGCCGCCAUCUUUGUGAAACAGAAUAAAUCAACAGAGACUGGUGGACAUUUAAUUAGGUUAGGGGGUUGUAUUUUUGUUUAAUUUCACCGCUGGACUGCCUCUAGCAUACACUACAGCUCUGAUCAUUUGUUAUGUUGAAUGUUCCCCCUUUCCCCCCUCCAUCUUUAGACUUCUCUAUUUUUCUCCCACUCCCUAUUAAACUGUUUUCUUUCUUUCUCUCCCUCAUAUGUCUCUCUCUUUCUCUCUCUCACCCCCCCCCCCCUCUCUCUCUUCCCCCCUUCUCUCUCUCUCCCCCAACACUUAAAUAUUCUCCACUCUACUCCCCCACUCAGACAUCAGUGUUCUAAAGUCUAGCAGUGCUAUUUCCUCCCAAUCCAAACUGGUUGUUCUUUCCCUGAAACUCUAGAGGCAGGCCACCUCUCACCUCUGACCUCUGGUCCAGCCCCUGCGGCCCCCUCUGAGGGGGGUGAGGGGUUAGGGGUCAGCCCAGUGUCUGUGCUGUGCAGACUGUGUGUCUGCGGGACAGAGUGGGAGCACAUGGCCCUCCAGUAAUCCCUCUCCAGUUUCCCACAGUAACCAACCACUAACCAGGCAGGCCCUCUGUCUCUGUCCCACAGUCAGCCCGCUGCUCAGCUCUGCUCUGACAUACACCCUGCUCUAUUCAUAGAAGUAGAAUUAAUCAAACAGUCUAGAAUGGUACAGCCCAAUAUGGCCACCGAACUGGUCCAUUUGUAGUGUUAUAGAUUAUUGCCUUGAAUUGGAAUGUCCAUUUUAGUAGUUCCCAUCUUCCCAUUCUAUAGUUAUUGUGCAGUCAUACUGCUCCAGAUUGAUGGACUACAGACUGGAGCAAUUACACAGGCUGGCUGGGUUGAGGAAGCAAAUGUGUGUAUAUUCCGCAAUUGUGUUUAUGGGAGAGCUUCUGUGGUGCUCUGACAUGGUUGGAGCUGCUCAAUGCUGGGACAUGUUUAUUUGUCUCUGUGUGUAGUAGUGUCUCUCCUGUCCUCUGUCUCUGUGUGUGGUAGUGUCUCUCCUGUCCUCUGUCUCUGUGUGUGGUAGUGUCUCUCCUGACCUCUGUCUCUGUGUGUGGUAGUGUCUCUCCUGUCCUCUGUCUCUGUGUGUGGUAGUGUCUCUCCUGACCUCUGUCUCUGUGUGUGGUAGUGUCUCUCCUGUCCUCUGUCUCUGUGUGUGGUAGUGUCUCUCCUGACCUCUGUCUCUGUGUGUGGUAGUGUCUCUCCUGUCCUCUGUCUCUGUGUGUGGUAGUGUCUCUCCUGACCUCUGUCCUGUGUGUGAUAGUGUCUCUCCUGUCCUCUGUCUCUGUGUGUGGUAGUGUCUCUCCUGACCUCUGUCUCUGUGUGUGAUAGUGUCUCUCCUGUCCUCUGUCUCUGUGUGUGGUAGUGUCUCUCCUGUCCUCUGUCUCUGUGUGUGGUAGUGUCUCUCCUGUCCUCUGUCUCUGUGUGUGGUAGUGUCUCUCCUGUCCUCUGUCUCUGUGUGUGGUAGUGUCUCUCCUGUCCUCUGUCUCUGUGUGUGGUAGUGUCUCUCCUGACCUCUGUCUCGUCCUCCCUGUAUCUCAGAGCUGCGUGACUUUGAACAAGACGACCAGCAGGACAUUGAGGUGGAUGAGGGGAACACGGCUGUGAUCGUGUGUCACCUCCCUGAGAGCCAGCCCAAGGCCCAGGUCCGCUACAGUGUCAAACAGGAGUGGCUCGAGACCUCCAAAGGUAUGGAUCUAUCAUUCUGUUACAGGCCUAUUCUCUUUCCUUCUCUAGUUUGCAUUCUAUCCCUCUCUCACUUCCUCUCUCUCUUUCUCCCUCAAGCAAUCUCUCUCCUUGUACGGUCACUCUAUUGUCAUUAGUACUUUCUCUCUCUCUUUCGCUCCUCCUCUCUUUAUCUCUCUCUGUUCUUCUCAUUAGUACUUUCCCUCUCUCUCUCUCUCUCUCUCUUUCACUAUCUCUUUCCCUGGAUUACUGGAAUGCUGUAUCUAUCCCAGCUAUCUGGCCCAUCAUAAAACUGCAGAUAAGGCAGUUAACUGGGGAAUGUUGAAACAUGGGAAUACUCUUGUUUAUUUUGCAACCAUUUAUUUCUUGAGUUCUUUGAGAAAAAAAGGCCCUCUCUGUGGCUGAUAUGUUGAUGGCUGGGAGCAGUAGGAAGGGAUGUGUGGCUUGUCAGAGAGAGAGGGAAAUGAAAACCACGUUGAGGAGAGUUCACUGGCUGGCUCUCAGUGAGACACCAGGAUGCCACCAUGUGGCUGGUGCUGACAGUGCACUCUGUUGUUGAAAGAGACUGCUGUAGGCCUAAAUCAAAUCAAAUCCAAAAACAAAAUGUUAUUGCGGGUGUAGCGAAAUGCUUGUGUUCCUAGCUCCAACAGUGCAGUAGUAUUUAACAAUUCACUACAAUACACACAAAUCUAAAAGUAAAAGAAUGGAAUUAAGAAAUAUAUAAAUAUUAGUAUGAGCAAUUUCGGAGUCCGAAGUAUAAAUAUAUAUAUAUACAGUACCAGUCAAAAGUUUGGACACACCUACUCAUUCAAGGGUUUUUCUUUAUUUUUUACAUUGUAGAAUAAAUAAACUAUGAAAUAACACAUAUGGAAUCAUGUAGUAACCAAAAAAGUGUUAAACAAAUCAAAAUAUAUUUCAUAUUUGAGAUUCUUUAAAUAGCCACCCUUUGCCUUGAUGACAGCUUUGCACACUCUUUGUUCUUUGUUUCUAGUCAUUUUGAGCCUGUAAUCAAACCCACAAUUGCUGAUCCUCCAGAUACUCAACUAGUCUCAAGAAGGCCAGUUUUACUGCCUCUUUAAUCAGCACAACAGUGUUCAGCUGUGCUAACAUAAUUGCAAAAGGGUUUUCUAAUGAUCAAUUAGCCUUUUAAAAUGAUAAACUUGGAUUAACAAACACAACGUGCCAUUGGAACACAGGACUGAUGGUUGCUGAUAAUGGGCCUCUGUAAUAUGUAGAUAUUCCAUAAAAAAUCUGCAGUUUCCAGCUACAAUAGCCAUUUACAACAUUAACAAUGUCUACACUGUAUGUCUGAUCAAUUGCUUUUCUUUCGAAAACAAGGACAUUUCUUUCGAAAACAAGGACCCCAAACUUUUGAACGGUAGUGUAUAUACAAAAGUAUGUGGACACCCCUUCAAAUUAGUGGAUUCUGCUAUUUCAGCCACACCCGUUGCUGACAGGUGUAUAAAAUCGAGCACACUGACAUGCAAUCUCCAUAGACAAACAUUGGCAGUAGAAUGGCCUUACUGAAGAGCUCAGUGAAUUUCAACGUGGCGCCGUCAUAGGAUGCCACCUUUCCAACAAGUCAGUUCGUCAAAUUUCUGCCGUGCUAGAGCUGCCCCGGUCAACUGUAAGUGCUGUUAUUGUGAAGUGGAAUGUCUAGGAGUAACAACGGCUCAGCCGCGAAGUGGUAGGCCACACAAGCUCACAGAACGGGACUGUCGAGUGCUGAAGCGAAAUCGUCUGUCCUCGGUUGCAACACUCACUACCGAGUACCAAACUGCCUCUGGAAGCACGUCAGCACAAUAACUGUUUGUCGAGAGCUUCAUGAAAUGGGUUUCCAUGGCCAAGCAGCCGCACACAAGCUUAAGAUCACCAUGCGCAAUGCCAAGCGUCGGCUGGAGUGGUGUAAAGCUCGCCACCAUUGGACUCUGGAGCAGUGGAAACGCAUUCUCUGGAGUGAUGAAUCACGCUUCACCAUCUGGCAGUCAGACGGACAAAUCUGGGUUUGGCGGAUGCCAGGAGAAUGCUACCUGCCCCAAUGCAUAGUGCCAAUUGUAAAGUUUGGUGGAGGAGGGAUAAUGGUCUGGGGCUGUUUUUCAUGGUACGGGCUAGGCCCCUUAGCUCCAGUGAAGGGAGAUCAUAACGCUACAGCAUACAAUGACAUACUAGACGAUUCUGUGCUUCCAACUUUGAGGCUACAGUUUGGGGAAGGCCCUUUCCUGUUUCACCUUGACAAUGCCCCUGUGCACAAAGCGAGGUCCAUAAAGAAAUGGUUUGUCGAGAUCGGUGUGGAAGAACUUGACUGGCCUGCACAGAGCCCUGAGCUCAACCCCAUCGAACACCUUUGGGAUGAAUUGGAACGACGACUGCGAGCCAGGCCUACUCGCCCACCAUCAGUGCCCGACCUCACUAAUGCUCUUGUGGCUGAAUGGAAGCAAUUCCCCGCAGCAACAUCUAGUGGAAAGCCUUCCCAGAAGAGUAGGGGCUGUUAUAGCAGCAAAGGGGGGAUACCAAUUCCAUAUUAAUGCCCAUGAUUUUGGAAUGAGAUGUUCGACGAGCAGGUGUCCACAUACCUUUGGUCAUGUAGUGUAUAUAUGUGAUGGUAUGUAUAGACAUUGUGGACUGUAUGUGGAUAGAAUAUGUAGUAUAUCUGUAGAACACGUGGAUAGAAUAGUAUAUGUCCAGCAAUAGUUGAAUAGGAUGGCCAUGACUGGAAUACAGUACAUAUGAAAUGGGUACAACAGUAAGUAAACAUUAUUAAAGUGACCAGUGUUCCAUUAUUAAAGUGACCAGUGUUCCAUUAUUAAAGUGGCCAGUGUUCCAUUAUUAAAGUGACCAGUGUUCCAUUAUUAAAGUGACCAGUGUUCCAUGUCUAUGUACAUAGGGCAGCAGCCUCUAAGGUGCAGGGAUGAGUAACCAGGUGGUAGGCGGCUAGUGACAGUGACUAAGUUCAGGGCAGGGUUCUGGGUGGAGGCCGGAUAGUAAUGGCUAUUUAACAGUCUGAUGGCCUGGAGGUAGAAGCUGUUUUUCAGUCUCUCGGUCCCAGCUUUAAUGGUUAAGCCUGCUCAGGUUACUCAAGUUACUAUUAUUUUGGCGUCACUUUUAUUCUAAAUAAGAAUAUAAUAUGUUUCUAAACACUUCUACAUUAAUGUGGAUGCUACCAAGGUUACGGAUAAUCCUGAAUGAAUCGUGAAUAAUGAUGAGUGAGAAAGUUAGACGCACAAAUAUCAUACCCCCAAGACAUGCUAACCUCUCACCAUUACAAUAACAGGGGAGGUUAGCAUUUUUGGGAGGGGUAUGACAACUCAUCAUUAUUCACGAUUCAUUCAGGAUUAUCCGUAACCUUGGUAGCAUCCACAUUAAUGUAGAAGUGUUUACCUAUUCUAUUCUUAUUUACAAUAAAAGUGACUCCAAAAUGACCCAAUACAUUAUUUACCAUUCAUUUCUAUAGGACACAAAAUAAUCUGAAACACAACCAAAACAAACAGAAAAUGCAUCCAACAAGCUUGUAGAGUCGCAAGCUUGAUGCAGUCAUUGCGUGCUAUGAAUAUGGGACCAAAUACUUUUUACUACUUUAAUACACAUAUAAGUGGAUUUGUCCCAAUACUUUUGGUCCCCUUAAAUGGGUGGACUAUGUUCAAAAGGUGCUGGAAUUUCUAAACGGUUCUCCUGAUAUGGAUGAAAAUACCCUCAAAUUGAAGCUGACAGCACUUUAACCUCAUAGUCAUUGUAUAAUUUCAAAUCCAAAGUGCUGGAGUACAGAGCCAAAACAACAACAAAAAAUGCCACUGUCCCAAUACUUUUGGAGCUCUGUACAUGGCUUUCCCUGUCCAUGCCCAAGGAUUACAGCCACAGAACUGUCUCUCAGAUCAGUUGUAAUGGCCAUGGCCUUCCACUACCCAGUACCCACCCAGUGCAGCCUCAAUGCUAAAAAUCUCCCCCUGUCUGUCUGUGUGUCAACAGGGAACUACCUGAUCAUGCCAUCAGGGAACCUGCAGAUAGCCAAUGCCACUCUGGAUGACGAGGGGCCUUACAAGUGUGCUGCCUACAACCCUGUCACACAGGAGGUCAAGACCUCCACCUCCACUGACCGGCUGCGCAUACGCCGUGAGUCACCAUGACCAAACACGACCAAACCCUUAUUAUGAGCAUGAUAAAGUGAUGUGAUUUGUAACAUUGAAAUACCUCUUAAUAAGAUGAGAACAAGGCCAGUCAGACUUAAUUGAUAAAUAACCCAGUGAUUAAACACAGUUCCCGCUCACCCCUUCCUUCUCUCUCUCUCCCCUUCCUUCCUUCUCUCACCCGUCCCGAUCCCUUCUCUCUCUCUCUCCUCCUCAUCUCGCUCUCUCUCUCCCUCCCUCCCUCCCUCUCUCCCUCCCUCCCUCUCUCCCUCCUUCCUCCCUCUAGGGUCGACAUCAGAGGCAGCCCGUAUCAUCUACCCCCCAGUGUCUCGCUCCAUCAUGGUCACUAAGGGACAGCGUCUGGUUCUGGAAUGUGUGGCCAGCGGCAUUCCCACCCCGCAGGUCACAUGGGCCAAGGAUGGCCAGGACCUGCGUUUCCAUAACAACACACGCUUUCUGCUCAGCAACCUGCUGAUUGACGCGGCGGGCGAGGGUGACUCGGGGACGUAUGAGUGUCACGCUGCCAACGGCAUCGGAUCGGAGAGCGCCGCUACCGUGUUGUAUGACGUGCUGGUGUUCGGUGAGUAGGACCAACCUGUGUGUGUAAAAACAAUAAUGGCCGCACUUUGGGUUCAGUAGGAUGAUACUAAGAUGAGGUGUUGUGGAUGUUUCUGUUCCUCUGAAGGCCCUGUGUGAUGACAUAUUAAGAGUUCUGAAAGGAUUUGAAACAGAGUUACUGUAGUAAUGAGGUGGGGUUAACUUGGCUUAUGGACUCGCUCCAUUUUAGGGUUUUUUCGUGAGGAGAGUUUUGUCUGCGUCACAGACUUGAUGAUUAGACUGACUCCCGUUUGGCGAAGUGAGAGAAGAGUGGGCGCUGUGUGUGAGCUUGGCAGAGCCUUGUUGGGGAAUAUAAAGGACAGGAUUGUGUUAUUUUAUUUAUUUAUUUGGAGACUUGAUUGAGCAGGACAGGGUUAUGGAUGACUGUUUUUACAGUGAUUCAGUGUGAGUUUGGGUUGUGUGCUCGUCUCGUAGCAGCUGGCACUAAUUAAAGUGUGAGGGCUGCUGAAGUGGUAAUGACUUCUGCCUCUUCAUGACCAGCCAACCAUCAACUGACUGGCUUGGCCUUUCUCUGCACGGCAUUGCCUCACUCACACACACAAAUAUACAUGAACACACACACCGGCAUGCACACCCAUACAGACAUAAUUAAUUAAGACUUAAUAAUAAUAAUAAUAAUAAUAUGCCAUUUAGCAGACGCUUUUAUCCAAAGCGACUUAGUCAUGUGUGCAUACAUUUUUACGUAUGGGUGGUCCCGGGGAUCGAACCCACUACCUUGGCGUUCCAAGCGCCGUGCUCUACCAGCUGAGCUACAGAGGACCAUCAAUCUCACUCCCACACACCCAUACAGACAUACUUAAUUAAGACUUAAUCAAGCUCACUCCCACACACCCAUACAGUCACUCACAAUCAGCCAUAUAUAUUCUAGACAUUACCUUACAUUAUUCUCACUGACACACAAACAAACCAUCUCUCUCUGCAUGCUGGGAAUUGUAUGAGCGAGUGCCAGUGUUGUCUGGAGUUAGAUCGCCUGUGUUGUCUUUUCUUGGUGGUUUUCCCUUUUCUAUGCAUGAUUAAGGUUAUUAUAAUUUUUUUAGUGAUAGAAUUAGGUAUAUUGUAUUUCUUGCUUGUCAUGAUUUAACUGGAUUUGAACCCAAAUGCAGACAACUACACCGAGCCAGAGAAGGUUUAACAGGUUUAUUUACAAAGUUCAAUUUGUCCAGGUUUCCAAUAAUAGGGGAAGAGCAAGUCCAGGUUUACAGGGAGGGUAACAGAUCCAGGUUCAGAGCAGGAGUGGUACCGUAACGUCCCAGUGUCCGUGGUGAGUCCAAAAGGGAGGUCCGGUAGUGGAAAGCAGGAUGGUGGUGGCAGGAGUGAAGCGGAGGCAGGAGUCAGGUUCCAAUAAUCUGUGGCACAGGAGAAAAGUAACUAGAACGGGCCAAAAACACAAAGGCAGAAAAAAAGCAGGUUGAGUCAACAGCGAAACUAACAUGGUCAUCUUGACUAUGAUCUGACGAUGAGUGGCAAGUUUGACCGGGUCUUUAAGGCUGAGGUGAUUAUGGUGAAUGAGCUGCAGCUGGAACCCUGACUCCCGCACACCAGACUUCACUCCUGCAAUCAAGGACAGACAGAGGGGAGGGGGAGAGCAGAGAGAGAGCUACCUAGCAGCAGUAGGCCUAACAUUGCUAUGAAAAUGUUGCUUAUGCGUCGAGGAUGAAUAAAGCGGUGGUGGUUUUUCUUAAAGAAGAGCGUCUUGUCGAUCAGAUGGUUGAGCAUGGCGUGCUUCUUAAAUGUAUGUUUAUUCAAGUUACGCCGCUUUUUUCUCUGUCAAAAAGGGUAACAAUUUCGAAAGUACCGAGUUAUUGGAGCGCGAGUUACUGCGGUUUGCAAGUUUGGGAAGUUUGCAAGUUCAAUUAAGAUUGCCCCGUUGGGUUGCAAACACCUGGCUCUGAAACAGGUUAUGUCGUUUCGGCGACAGAUGUUUGUUUUUGGACUCACCGAAGCAGACUUUGGAGUUAUCGUUUAAAGUCAAGUAUGAUAACAGACUGUAUAUGGCUUAUGCUAGUACGGGUAGUCAACAGUGUUUUGAGUGUGGGGAUGUUGGCCAUAAGCGACAUGCUUGCCCGAAAGGGAGAAGGCGGAGGGCGGGACGCUGGUGGUCCUCAUAACGUCUGGGCCCACUGAUGUAGGGAGGGUCAGAUUUUAUUGGUCAAGGCGGAUGUUAUGUUUUUUUCUUUUGUGGAAUGUUUAUGCUCCUAAUGAGGGUACAGAGCGUAUUUCUGUAUUUGAUCAAAUAAAGGAAACCAAAAGACAGUGUGACCAAGAGGGGUGUAUGGUUUUAGGGGGGGGACUGGAACUGUACAGUGGAUUUGACUGUUGAUCGCACUGCUGAAGAACCUCACCUGCGGUCAGCUACUUGUCUGUCUGGUCUAUUAACUUUCUGAUGUGUGGAGAGGAAGAAAUGCAAAAGUUAGGCAGUACACUACUGGUCAAAAGUUUUAGAACACCUACUCAUUCAAGGGUUUUUCUUUAUUUUUGCUAUUUUCUACAUUGUAGAAUAAUAGUGAAGACAUAAAAACUAUGAAAUAACACGUUGAAUCAUGUAGUAACCAAAAAAGUGUUAAACAAAUCAAAAUAUAUUUGAGAUUUGAGAUUCUUCAAAUAGCCACCCUUUGCCUUGAUCAGAGCUUUGCACACUCUUGGCAUUCUCUCAACCAGCUUCACCUGGAAUGCUUUUCCAACAGUCUUGAAGGAGUUCCCACAUAUGCUGAGCACUUGUUGGCUGCUUUUCCUGAGGUCCACUCAUCCCAAACCACUCAUUUGUCAGUUCGCGAGUGAUCCCCUUGGGGAGGCUUGGUCGUGUCCCGGAGAUAGCUCCACGAUCUAGUCAGUCGUUUGGUUUGUCUUGAUGUUGUAACUGUGUCUUUUAGUCUCUAUGUCCUAUUAGUUCUCGUGUGUGUGUUGUCUUUUGGUGAUUGCUUCUGUUUCGUGUUGGAUAGUACUCCUCCAGGUUUGGAGAGGUUUUCGCAAGUCGCGUUUUUGACCUGUGUGCCUCCUUCGGCUAUGUGUUAUUUCUACUGAAUAUUGCACUAAAGUCUUUGGACGAGCUCCGUCCUGGCUUGAUUGCCACCCACCUAGCACCCUGACAAUUUGGUGAGGUCAGGGGAUGUGGGCCUCACUGAUGAGACUCAAUACCUUCUGGAAAAUGCCUUACACGCCUGGGGUGUGUUGGGCAUGUCUGUGAAAACAAAUAUAUCCACUAAGCCAAAACCAGAUGGGAUGGCAUAUCGCUACAGAAUGUUGUGGUAGCCAUGCUGGUUAAGUGUGCCUUGAAUUCUAAGUAAAUCACAGACCGUGUCACCAGCAAAGCACCCCAACACCAUAACACCACCUCUUCCAUGCUUUACGGUGGGAAAUACACAUGCGAAGAUCAUCCGUUCACCCACACCGCGUCUCACAAAGACACGGCGGUUGGAACCAAAAAUCUCCAAUUUGGACUCCAGACCAAAUGAUACAUUUCCACCGGUCUAAUGUCCAUUGCUCGUGUUUCUUGGCUCAAGCAGGUCUCUUCUUCUUAUUGGUGUCCUUUAGUAGUGGUUUCUUUGCAGCAAUCGACCAUGAAGGCCUGAUUCACACAGUCUCCUCUGAACAGUUGAUGUUGAGAUGUGUCUGUUACUUGAACUCUGUGAAGCAUUUAUUUGGGCUGUAAUUUCUGAGGCUGGUAACUCUAAUGAACUUAUCCUCUGCAGCAGAGGUAACUCUGGGUCUUCCAUUCCUGUGGCGGUCCUCAUGAGCGCCAGUUUCAUCAUAGCGCUUGAUGGUUUUUGUGACUGCACUUGAAGAACUUUCAAAGUUCUUAAUGUUCCAUAUUGCUGACCUUCAUGUCUUAAAGUAAUGAUGGACUGUCGUUUCUCUUUGCUUAUUUGAGCUGUUCUUGACAUAAUAUGGACUUGGUCUUUUACCAAGUAGGGCUCUCUUCUGUAUACCCCCCCCCCCCCUACCUUGUCACAACACAACUGAUUGGCUCAAACGUAUUAAGAAGGAAAUAAAUUCCACAAAUUAACUUUUAAGAAAGCACACCUGUUAAUUGAAAUGCAUUCCAGGUGACUACCUCAUGAAGCUGGUUUAGAGAAUGUCAAGAGUGUGCAAAGCUGUCAUCAAGGCAAAGGGUGGCUAUUUGAAGAAUCUCAAAUAUAAAAUACAUUUUGAUUUGUUUAACACUUUUUUGGUUACUACAUGAUUCCAUAUGUGUUAUUUCAUAGUGUUGAUGUCUUCACUAUUAUUCUACAAUGUAGAAAAUAGUACAAAUAAAGAAAAACCCUUGAAUGAGUAGGUGUUUCAAAACAUUUUGACCGGUAGUGUACACAUGGCUAAAUGUUAAUGAAGGUCAUAUCAGUGCAGCAAGGUUAGACAGGUUGUAUGUAUCUGAGCACUACUGUGGUAGGGUGUGUUUUCCUGAUCAUCAUAUUGUGACUGUUGCUAUUCACUUGUCCUGUCCACGAAGGUCAUCACCUUAUUGGUAUUUUAAUGUUAAGUUAUUACAUGAUGUCAUGUUUUGUGAAAAGUUAUUGUUGUUUUGGGAAAAAUGGAGGGUUAUUAAAUUGAAUUUUGAGUACUUGAGACAAUAGUGGGAGGUUGGGAAGGCCUACAUACAGUUGAAGUCGGAAGUUUACAUACACUUAGGUUGGAGUCAUUAAAACUCAUUUUUCAACCACUCCACAAAUUUCUUGUUAACAAACUAUAGUUUUGGCAAGUCGGUUAGGACAUCUGUGGUCCUCUGUAGCUCAGCUGGUAGAGCACGGCGCUUGUAACGCCAAGGUAGUGGGUUCGAUCCCCGGGACCACUCAUACACAAAAAAAAAUGUAUGCACGCAUGACUGUAAGUCGCUUUGGAUAAAAGCGUCUGCUAAAUGGCAUAUUAUUUAUUUAUUAUUAUUAUUAUUUACAUCUACUUUGUGCAUGACACAAGUACUUUUUCCAACAAUUGUUUACAGACAGAUUAUUUCACUUAUAAUUCACUGUAUCACAAUUCCAGUGGGUCAGAAGUUUACAUACACUAAGUUGACUGUGCCUUUAAACAGCUUGGACAAAUUCCAGAAAAUAAUUUCAUGGCUUUAGAUAGGCUAAUUGAUAGGCUAAUUGACAUCAUUUGAGUCAAUUGGAGGUGUACCUGUGGAUGUAUUUCAAGGCCUACCUUCAAACUCUGGUCUGUCUGGUUCAUCCUUGGGAGCAAUUUCCAAACGCCUGAAGGUACCACGUUCAUCUGUACAAACAAUAGUACGCAAGUAUAAACACCAUGGGACCACGCAGCCAUCAUACUGCUCAGGAAGGAGACGCGUUCUGUCUCCUAGAGAUGAACGUACUUUGGUGUGAAAAGUACAAAUCAAAACCUGCUCCAAAACCGCCCAUAAAAAAGCCAGACUACGGUUUACAUUUACAUUGACGUCAUUUAGCAGACGCUCUUAUCCAGAGCGACUUACAAAUUGGUUCAUUCACCUUAUGAUAACCACUUUACAAUUAUUUAUUUUUAAAAAAUUUUAAAAAAGGGGUGGUAGAAGGAUUACUUUAUCCUAUCCCAGGUAUUCCUUAAAGAGGUGGGGUUUCAAGUGUCUCCAGAAGGUGGUGAGUGACUCCGCUGUCCUGGCGUCGUGAGGGAGCUUGUUCCACUAUUGGGGUGCCAGAGCAGCGAACAAUUUUGACUGGGCUGAGCGGGAACUGUGCUUCUGCAGAGGUAGGGGGGCCAGCAGGCCAGAGGUGGAUGAACGCAAUGCCCUCGUUUGGGUGUAGGGACUGAUCAGAGCCUGAAGGUACAGAGGUGCUGUUCCCCUCACAGCUCCGUAGGCAAGCACCAUGGUCUUGUAGCAGAUGCGAGCUUCAACUGGAAGCCAGUGGAGUGUGCGGAGGAGCGGGGUGACGUGAGAGAACUUGGGAAGGUUGAACACCAGACGGGCUGCGGCGUUCUGGAUGAGUUGUAGGGGUUUAAUGGCACAGGCAGGGAGCCCAGCCAACGGCGAGUUGCAGUAAUCCAGACGGGAGAUGACAAGUGCCUGGAUUAGGACCUGUGCCGCUUCCUGUGUAAGGCGGGGUCGUACUCUGCGAAUGUUGUAGAGCAUGAACCUACAGGAUUGGGUCACCGCCUUGAUGUUAGCGGAGAAUGACAGGGUGUUGUCCAGGGUCACGCCAAGGCUCUUUGCACUCUGGGAGGAGGACACAACGGAGUUGUCAACCAUGAUGGCGAGAGGGGGGGGGGGAUUCAGCAGGGAGGAGAAGGUGGCAAAGAGCUUCCUAGGGUUAGAGGCAGAUGCUUGGAAUUUAGAGUGGUAGAAAGUGGCUUUAGCAGCAGAAACAGAGGAACAAAAUGUAGAGAGGAGGGAGUGAAAAGAUGCCAGGUCCACAGGGAGUCUAGUUUUCCUGCAUUUCCGCUCGGCUGCCCGGAGCCCUGUUAUGUGAGUUCGCAAUGAGUCGUCAAGCCACGGAGCAGGAGGGGAGGACCGAGCCGGCCGGGAGGAUAGGGGACAUAGAGAGUCAAAGGAUGCAGAAAGGGAGGAGAGGAGGGUUGAGGAGGCAGAAUCAGGAGAUUGGAGGGAGAAGGAUUGAGCAGAGGGAAGAGAUGAUAGGAUGGAAGAGGAGAGAGUAGCGGGAGAGAGAGAGCGACUUUACAACUGCACAUGGGGAGAAAGAUCGUACUUUUUGGAGAACUGUUUGGCCAUAAUGACCAUCGUUAUGUUUGGAGGAAAAAGGGGGUUGCUUGCAAGCCAAAGAACACCAUCCCAACCGUGAAGCACGGGGGUGGCAGCAUCAUGUUGUGGGGGUGCUUUGCUGCAGGAGGGACUGGUGUACUUCACAAAUAGAUGGCAUCAUGAGGAAGGAAAAGUAUGUGGACAUAUUGAAGCAACAUCUCAAGACAUCAGUCAAGAAGUUAAAGCUUGGUCGAAAAUGGGUCUUCCAAAUGGACAAUGACCACAAGCAUACUUCCAAAGUCGUGGUAAAAUGGCUUAAGGACAACAAAGUCAAGGUAUUGGAGUGGCCAUCACAAAGUCCUGACCUCAAACCUAUAGAAAAUGUGUGGGCAGAACUGAAAAAGCGAAUGCGAGCAAGGAGGCCUACAAACCUGACUCAGUUACACCAGCUCUGUCAGGAGGAAUGGGCCAAAAUUCACCCAACUUAUUGUGGGAAGCUUGUGGAAGGCUACCCUGUCUAUCUGUCUAUCUGAUGGACAGAUAGACAGCAAGACGGACCGAAACCUCAGAGAUGCCGAAUUAACAGCGUUGUAGUUUUUUUUUACCCAAGUUAAACAAUUUAAAGGCAACGCUACCAAAUACUGAGUGUAUGUAAAAUUCUGACCCACUGGGAAUGUGAUGAAAUAAAUAAAAGCUGAAAUAAAUCAUUCUCUCUACUAUUAUUCUGACAUUUCACAUUCUUAAAAUAAAGUGGUGAUCCUAACUGACCUAAGAGAGGGAAUUUUUACUAGGAUUAAAUGUCAGGAAUUGUGAAAAACUGAUUUCAAAUUAUUUGGCUAAGGUGUAUGUAAACUUCCGACUUCAACUGUACGUGUGUUUUGUCAACAGGACAUCAAAUCUAUUGAAUUGAAGUUGCUCACUCAGAAUGACCCCGGACUAGUCAUGAAUUUACAGGACAAGAGACAUGAACUGAGGUUGUUUUUACAUGAAAGAGUGAAGGGUGCCUGGAUUAGGUCUCGCUUUGCUACCCUCAAGGAUAUGGAUGCUCCUAGUGCUUUUUUAAAAACCUGGGGCAGUCGACAUCGCAACGCAAACAGACGGUCUGCCUUCGUCUCCUUUAUGGGAAGGUGACCACGGAUGACGGUGAGAUGCGCCAACAUGCCGUGGACUUCUAACUCUGCCCUCUAUAAGGCGGAGGAUUGUGAUCCUCUGUGUGCUGAACAGUUGUUACAUGGACUUCCUCAAUUGGGCACUGAGCAGAGAGAUGCUCAGGACUCUGACAUUACUCUGCAGGAGCUGUCCACUACAGUUAUGCAGCUCUCAUCAGGCCGAGCCCCUGGCAUCGGUGGUUUACCAUCUGAUUUCUAUAAGCACUUUUGGUGGUCUAUUGGGGGGGGAUUUGUAUUAAGUUGUGUGUGAAUCUUUUCAUGAGGGUUCUCUUCCUGUAUCCUGUCAACGUGCUGUGCAUUCAUUGUUGCCAAAAAAGGGGGAUUUGGCUCUUUUAAAAAACUGGAGACCUGUUGCACUGCUGUGUGCAGAAUAUACAAUGAUAUCUAAGUGUCUCUCAAACAGGUUGAAAGAAUAUCUGGGGCUGUUGGUCCACAAGGACCAGUCUUACUGUGUACCUGACCGCUCUAUUGUUGAUAACUUCUUUAUAAUAAGAGAUGUUUUAGACAUUUCUAAACUGUCAGAUGUGAAUGUGGGUUUGCUUUCUUUGGAUCAGGAGAAGGCUUUUGACCGCGUGGACCACCAGUACUUGUUCAAAACAAUGAAAGCCUUUGGGUUUGGGGAUGUUUGUUUUGUCUUGGAUGAGUUUACUGUAUGUUGGGGCCUCAUGUCUGGUGAAGGUGGGGGGUGGUUUGAGCUUCCUCGUCCCCGUCCAAAGGGGUACCAGGCAGGGAUGCCCAAUUUCAGGACAGUUAUAUUGUCUGGCAAUUGAACCAAUGCUUUGUUUUCUAAGAGCGAGGCUUACUGGUUUCUCUGUGCCAGGGGUUAUGAAGGGUCCCACGAUAGCACUGUCUGCGUAUGCAGAUGACGUGACAGUUUUUAUUACGGGGGUGAGGAUGUUAAGGUUCUCUCAAACGCUUUAAAGGUGUAUGAGGCGGCCUCCUAAGCUAGAGUCAAUUGGGAAAAGCGUGAAUUGCUGUGGGCAGGUCAGCUUCAGAUAGGGUCCGCUCCAUGGUUACCAGGGGGGAUUCAGUGGGGCAGAGAUGGGAUAAAGACUUUGGGGUUUUUUCUAGGCUCCGAUGUCUUUUCAAAAAAAAGAACUAGGAGGGUGUAGUGGAGAAGGUGUGUGCCAGAUUGUCUAGGUGGAAAUGGGUGCUACCCCAGCUGUCUUAUAGGGGAAGGGUGCUGGUAGCCAAUAACCUAGCCGCGUCUACCCUGUGGCACAGACUAAUGAUUUUACAGCCACCUCGGGGUCUGAUACAAGAGCUUCAGAGGACCCUUGUCAAUUUUUUCUGGUCUGGACAACAUUGUAUUAAAGCUGCAGCCUUGUAGCUGCCACUGCACGAGGGUGGGCAAGGCCUGGUGUUCAUUUCCUCUAGGAUCAUGGCUUUCCGGCUUCAAGCAGCCCAGAGAAUGUUGUACAGUGACGGUUCUAGCUGGGUCGAUGCAGCCUACACAUUGAUGAGGAGAGCGGGCUGUUUGGGCUUAGACAAGCACCGUUUCCUCUUAAAGCUAGAGGGGUGUGAUUUGUCUGGCCUGACUCCAUUCUAUGAGUCUGUUAUGCGGCUUGGAGAGUUUGUCAUGUCCCGUAAGGCCGGCACGCCACCAGGGAUGUGGCUUUUUGAAGAGCCUCUUUUUUAUAACAUUUACAUUACAUUACAUUUAACACUGUCAUCCAGUCCCGUGUAUGGGUUCAGCCAGCCUAGGUUCAUGCCUGUUAGGUGUGGGGUGCACCAAGCUGGGUCAUAUGAUGCUGAGCAGGAGCAGAUCAUUGGAGGAGCUGGGAGAAAGAGCGGGGAUCAGAUCAUCUCGCCUACUCAGGAAGGUCGUAGCUGAGGUCUGCGAUUCCUUGCCAGUACUUCAUCGGCAGUAUGUGACUGAACCUUCCAAUUCUGAUCGGUGGACAGAGGGUCUGGAUUAUGUGUUCCCUGCGCUGAAUGUUAGUGCUGCGGCGGGGGCAUUAGAGGAGGACAUGGGGAUGCUGCUAUCCUUCGAUACCCUGGAGCUGGGGGAGUUCAAGGCGGUGGGAAAGAAGGCCAUGUACAAAAUCUGUGUGAAAGUGUCCCAAGCUUCUUCCUUGGAAGGGGUAAAAUCGACGAGAUGGGCGGGUGUGUUUGGUCCAGGUGCCUCCCCAAUAGGCUGUUGGCGGUCUUUAUACAAACUGCCUGUUGAAAAGAGGACAGCUGACCUCCAAUGGAGGAUAAUACAUGGAGCUGUAGCCAACAAUAUGCAUCUGGUACACCUGGAUCCUACUGUUGGGGAAGGGUGUCCAUUCUGUGCUGAGUCUGAAACUCUGGCACAUCUGUUCUUACAGUGUCCCAGGUUGGUCGGGAUGAUUGACCUGAUCACUGGUUGGUUUUCAGCUCUGGGAGAGGUUUUCUCUUCCCAACAGUUUAUAUUUGGGCUAAAGUACAUGUUUAGUAGAAGGGGUGUAGUUCUCUUGCUUAACUUUGUGUCAGGGGCCGCUAAAUUAGCAAUUUGGAAGACACGAAAGAACAGUAUUUGGGGACAGUGGACUGUGGAUGUGGUGGGAAUGCUGCAGGGGAUGUUGGCAGCGAUACUGAGGGUUGAGUUUGCCUAUUACAAACUGGUUAAUAACAUUGGGCUGUUUGAGUAUAUGGGGUAUUCAAAGCCUGUUGUGUUUAGCUACUGUAGAGGAAGAUUUGGUGUUGUGUUUUUAAUUGAUGUGUUUAUUGUGUUGUGGGUUCCCAGACCCAAUAAAGGUUCUUCAAAUCUCCUCUUGUUCUUCAAAUCUCUCUCUCUCUAUAUAUAUAGAGCCUCCCCAGGUGACCGUAGAGCUCCAGCAGCAGGAGGUGUUGUGGGGGGAGAGCGUACGUUUCAGCUGCCAGGCCAGGGGUAAACCCGCCCCCUCUGUGGUAUGGCUCCACAAUGCCCGCCCCCUGGCCACAUCGCCACGCCACCGCCUGUCUGCCCGCGUGCUGCGUGUCAUCAACGUGGGCCCACAGGACGACGGCCUGUACCAGUGCAUGGCCGAGAACGGCGUGGGCAGCUCGCAGGCCGCCACCAGACUGGUCACCUUGCCAACCAGUAACCCGUCGCGGUCAGGGAAGCUGCCGUCCAGCCUGCGUCCCCUGAGCCCAGACAAGGUGCUGCGGGAGCAAGCCCCAGUGAAGCCUGGGGCCAUGGGUAGCGUGCUGACCCUGGACUGCUCUGAGCUACCUGGGCAGAUCUCUGUGGCAGAGGCCCCUGUCAUCCUCAGCCAGCCCAGGACUGUCAAGGCCGACUUCUAUGAUCUGACCUGGAAACCUCGCCACGAUGGAGGGUCUCCUGUUGUGGAGUACAUUGUCAAGUACAGAAAGGUACAGGCUAGUUAACUCAUAAAUCCACACAUAUUUUACACACAAUGUUAUGCUCAUUCAGUGUUUUAUUGUCACAUCCAUAAGUACAGUGAAAUGCUUAACUUGCAUGCUCUACCCAACAGUGCAGUAAUCAAUAUCAAAAUAGUAGAACUAAUAAAAAUAGAGAGAGCAAAACAUACAGAUAUAAUAAAGUUGUCUACAAUGACAUGUCUUUACAUGUCGUCACACACUAACUAAUGCCUCCUCUCUUCUCUCUCCCUCUCUCCCUCGCUCUCUCUCCACCAGAUUGAGGACCCUCCGGGUGAGUGGACCAGCAGCAGUAUAUCUGGGUCUCUCCACAAGCUGACCCUGGCCAAGCUGCAGCCAGCCAGUCUGUACGAGGUGGAGAUGUCUGCUAAGAACUGUGCUGGCCUGGGACAACCCGCCAUGAUGACAUUCAGGACAGGCAAAGGUAUAUUUAUUUACCUAUCUAUUAAUCAAAAUUACUAUAAUAAAUGCCCCCAUGUUGAUUCCCCGAUAUUUGAGUAUUUUUGCUAAUACUCUUGUUUCCGUGCCAACAGGUCGUAAGGGUCCAGGGGGGCAGAACGAGCCCCCUAAAACUCCUGCAGUACCAUCACCUCGCCUCUCUCGUAAGUCCCCGUCCCCCUCCUACUGUCCAGUAUGGUUGGAACAUCGAUGGACCACAGUUACAACUCUUAAUAGCCCUUUCAGCUCUUUAUAACAUCCUAACUGAGCCGUUAUAAAACUGUUUGACUAACUGUUAACCCCCUCACUUUUCUACUCUGUACUAACAUGUGAUCUGUCUUGAUCUCUCUUUCACUUGUAACACUAAAGGAUGAGCUCACAGUAAGUCUUUGUAAGUUUGUUACGUUACCUGCUUGUCUCUGUGUGUGUUUUGGCUUUAAUGUUAUUGAGAGUGAGUCUGUCUUUGUGUCAGUGUGGUUGUAUGUGCAUUAAUAUGGAACAAUAAUAGAUUUGAUGUCCGUUUAACCUCUAUCACUUUUCCACAGCUCCCGAGGCCCCUGAUAAGCCCACCAUCUCCACGGCGACAGAGACGUCUGCAUACGUAACGUGGAUCCCGCGUGGUAACCGUGGUUUCCCCAUCCAGUCAUUCCGGGUGGAGUUUAAGAAGCUGAAAGGGAAGGGGGGAGGGGAAUGGGAGGUGGCUGUCACUAACAUCCCCCCCCAACGACUGUCUGUGGAGAUCACUGGCCUGGAGAAAGGUGAGCUUCAUCACCAUCAUCAUCAUCAUUAUCCCUCAUGAUGACAAAUGGCCUCAUCAUCAUUAGCAUGACUCUGAUUAUCAUCAACAUUACUGUUUUAGUCAUCAUAAUCAUACCUAUUUUAAUAAUGACUGUAAGUAAUCAACAUGGUUACCAUCUGGUCACCAUUAGUGUGUGGACAGAGAAAGACGUAGACAGUGUAACUGGUGUUUGGUUAUUUUAACCCGUGUGUGCUUUCUGUUUCCCUGUAGGCAUGUCUUAUAAGUUCCGUGUGUUGGCAGUGAAUGUGAUUGGCGCCAGCCCCCCCAGUGUCCCCUCUAAGGCCUACACGGUGGUGGGUGGCGGCAGGCCCAACGAACGCCCCGUAGACGGACCAUACAUCACUUAUAAUGAAGCCAUCAACGAGACCACCAUCAUCCUCAAAUGGACGGUGAGUGGAACAGGCUGUGUGUGCUUUAUGUUUGUGUUGUCAUGUUAGAAGUAUGGCUGAAAACUCUUAAUACUAUCAUUUUGUUAAUAUUAAAUCUUUCAUAUAUUUUCUCACCACAGUACACUGCCGUCAACAACACUCCUGUCUACGGUUUCUACAUCUUCUACCGUCCGACAGACAGUGACAACGACAGUGACUAUAAGAAGGACGUGGUGGAAGGUGACCGCUACUGGCACUCUAUCACUGACCUGCAGCCUGAGACGGCCUACGACAUCAAGAUGCAGUGCUUCAACGAGGGAGGAGAGAGCGAGUUUGGCAACGUGGUCAUCCUAGAAACUAAAGGUAUGCAGAUCUCGGUCUCUACCUGUAUAGCCAUCUCAGUAACACAUGUACGCUCACAGAGAAACACUAGAACACCUGCUUGUUAAAAACGCAACAUUGUUCAUAUAAUUCAUUUUAUAGCCUGACUGUGAUAAAUGUUAUCAACUAAAUGAACCCCUCCCUCCCCCAGCUCGUCUGAACCAGCGGCCCUUCCCGUCGGAGACGUCGUCCCAGAGACCAGAGCACUCCGGGGGGCCUGUGCCCCGCCCCAGCGACCUCCCCUACCUCAUAGUGGGCGUGGUCUUGGGGGCCCUCGUGUUCAUCAUCGUAUCCUUCAUCCCCUUCUGCCUGUGGAGAGCCUGGGCCAAAGAGAGUGAGUAUUGCUGAGGAUAAGGACGAGGAGGGUGGUGGUAGUAGUUGUUGGAUCAAGUUCGGUUUAGUCACAAAAACAACUGUAGUUGUUUGAACUCAGAGUAUCUUAAAUAAUCCCCUUCCUAAGGCCUCCCGAGUGGCACAGCAGUCUAAGGCACUGCAUCGUCAUUACAGCCCCGGGUUCGAUCCCAGGCUUUGUCACAGCCAGCCGUGACCAGGAGACCCAUGAAGCGACCCACAAUUGGCCCAGCGUCGUCCGGGUUAGGGGAGGAUUUGGCCGGCAGGGAUUUCGUUGUCCCAUCGGGCUCUAGCGACUCCUUGUGGCGGGCCAGGCACCUGCAAGCUGACUUCGGUCGCCAGUUGGACGGUGUUUCCUCCGACACAUGGUGCGGCUGACUUCCGGGUUAAGCGAGCAGUGCAGCUUGGCAGGGUCGUGUUUCGGAGGUCACAUGGUUCUUAACCUGGCAUGAGUCCGUAGAGGAGUUGCAGCGAUGGGACAAGACUGUAACUACCACUUGGAUGUCACGAAAUUGGGGCGGGAAAGAAACCUAAUUUACAUUACAUUACAUUUACGUAAUUUAACAGACGACCUCCUCACCUAGAACCCCCCCCCCCCCCCCCCUUCUAACUCUGACUUUGCUGAUAGCUACUUUAUAAAGGAAAAAUGUAGUGACUAUAACUGUGAUAUGUGGUUGUCAGAUCUAUUGAAGCUAUCUUAAGAUGAAUGUAGACGCCAUGGAUAAAUGACUUAAACGUAACUGACCAAUCCCGCCAUUUUGAAUUGACUAAUCCCUUGAUAUAUCAUCCCUGGAAGUCCUUCCAUGUCUAACAACGGUUUUCUCCCCUCCAGAGCAAACGUCAGACCUGUGUUUCCCAGCCGUGGCAUCCCCUGUCUCCUCCUGCCAGUACACCAUGGUGCCCCUGCAGGGCCUGGCAGUGGUUGGGCAUUGCCCGCUGGACCCCCACUUGCCCCCGCCGCACGCCGUCUACCCCCCCAACGGACUGUACACCUCCAACGGGAAACACCUUCACCCCACACACUGCCUGCCAGGACUACAUCAGGUCAGACUGAGUUCUGUCCACAUUGGGAAGCUAAACUCGCCAAGUUUCAUGUCUUGUGCAUCUCACCAAUAAAUCAGUUUGUAGCGUAUCAGCUUCGGGCACAUUAUUGUUUUUCAUGUGUAACAGAAGUCUAACUGAUGUCUCUUGUUCCUAUUGCAGGAGGAUGUGGAGUGUGAUAUGGAGUGUGACACACUGCUGCCACAUAUCAUGUCAAACGGACACGUCCCAGUCUACCACUACUCUAACAGGUAGAUACAGUACUGUUUUCACAUAUUCUCAAUUUCAGUCAGUCAGUCUGUCUCUGUGUGUAUAUGUACACGUGUGUGUGUGUAUAUAAGCAUUCUCACCCAAACAUGUCCCUCUCUCUAUCAGUGAGCCUGAGCAUCAUGGAGACGGAGAAGAUCACUGCUUUCUGCCUGAGGACUCCACCCUCCAGCUCCUCAACACCUCAGAACAGCCAAUCAGCACUCAGGACCCGACGGGGAACGCCCAUUUUUACAAUGGGGACAUCAUACGGGAGGAUGACAUCAAUCAAGGUACAAGUCCGUUCUCACAAAACUUUAACAUUAUGCAACUUAUGCAUUUACCUCACACUUGAGGAGCUAUGAAUGUGUUAUGCCCACCGCAGAUUUCAAAUGACCAUUUUAGAUAAACAUGUAUUUUCUUCCCCUCUGUCUGUGUAGACCUACCCUGCUCUCUCUCUCCUCUGCUACCACUGGAGGAGGAGAUCUCCACGGCGACAUCAACAGCUACAACGCCAGAAUCCCAAGAUGCACUUCCACUCCAGGAAGUGAACACUCUCCAGAGUGAAACACCACCGGUAGAACAAGGGACGUCAGAU